CUGAAGGUGCUGCUCCUGAACGUCAGCAGGGCUGUCACCCGUGAUGUCCUCAUCACAUUUUCCCCCACGGAGGGCCCUAAGAUGCUGAACAUGACGGAGAAGGGCAAGGCAGGCAAAAUCCAGCUCCCCAGGGAGAUAUUCCGGUCCCUGAGCAGCCGGACAGCACAUGUGGUGGUGACGGUCCUCAACAUCCAGCGGCUUGGCAUGUUCAAGGAGGUCAACCAGAUGGGACAAGUCCUGGAUGACACCGUGGUGGGUAUCACAGUGGGAGAGACGAGCAUCUCCGGGCUGCGGAACCCUGUGCAGCUUGCCUUUGCCCACAGGCAGCUGCCCAAUGGCGUCACCCCGCAAUGCGUCUUCUGGGAUCCCAGCAAAGGGCAGGCAGGAGGCUGGAGCAGCAGCGGAUGUGUCACACAGCCCAGGGACGAGGGGACAGUGUGCUCCUGCAACCAUCUCACCUUCUUCACCCUCCUCCUGAACCCAGCUCUGGACAGGUCCACGGCACAAGCCUUGAUGGCUGCCAUGGCUUUCUCCAUCUUCACCAUCACCUUCUGCAUCUUCUUAAGGUGCAGGUUCAGGUCCGAGGAGACCCUCCGCACCAACCUGGGGCUGCACGUGAACCUCGUGGGCAGCCUGUUCCUCCUCAACCUGGCCUUCCUGCUCAACAGCGGGCUCUCCGGUGGGACCCAGCCAAGGACCUGCAAGGUCCUGGGAGGGCUCACCCACUACUGCCUGCUCUGCUGCUUCACCUGGAUGGUGCUGGAGGGCUGUCACCUCUACCUCCUCUUUGUCAAGGUCCUCGGCACCUACAUCCACCACUACCUGGCAAAGCUGUGCCUGGUCGGCUGGGGCUUCCCUGCUCUCGUGGUGGGGGUGGCAGGAGUCAUUGGCAGCUACGGAGAAUACAGCCUCCAGACCGUGAACCACCAGGUCAUAGCCCACCUGUGCUGGAUCACUUCGGAACAUCUUCUGGUCCACUACAUCACCAACUGCGGCUACUUCGGCCUCAUCUUCCUCUUCAACAUGGCCGUCUUCGGGGUGGUGACCCAGAAGAGCUGCUGCCUGCAGGGCACAGGGGCAGUGCAGGGAGACCGCAAGGCCUGGAAGGUGGCCCUGGGGGCGCUGGGGCUCUUCUGCCUGCUGGGAGCCACCUGGGCCCUGGCGUUCCUCACCCAUGGCACCUCCUCUGCGCCCAUGCUCUACCUCUUCACCAUCCUCAACUCUCUCCAAGGAAUCUUCAUAUUCAUCUGGCUGGUCUUCCUCUACUACCCAAAGACGAAGGAGACUGCUGGCUCCCUCUCCCAGGUCAUCAGACAUGACAAAACCAUCACAGUCUCCCAGGACUAG